CUGUCAGAGCAGAGCAGACGAGAGAGAACUAGGACUCUUUGGAGGUUUCCAGUCGCAAAUAACCGGCUAAAGCUAGGUUUCUGGCCUCUAUUUAACAGUAUACACCUAGAGGAAGAUCUCAGAAAUAUCUGUGUGGCGGCAACUACGGUGAAGACAUCGUAGAGAUGCCACCAAUGGCGAACGUGAACGGGAAUGUCGUUUGCAGCAACCGCUUUCUCAGGGGUGUUGUGGAAGGUUUUUAUGGAAAGCCAUGGACCACGGAUCAGAGACGAGAGUUGUUCAGAAGGAUGAACAAGAUGGGACUGAACACGUACCUGUAUGCACCCAAAGACGACUACAAACACAGGGCCUAUUGGCGAGAUCUUUACUCUGUAGAGGAAGCAGAACACCUGACAAGUCUGAUAGCAGAAGCCAGUGAAAGCAGCGUGACUUUUGUUUAUGCGCUUUCGCCUGGUCUGGACAUAACUUUCUCCAGUGCAAAAGAUGUUACAUUUCUCAAGAGGAAACUGGAACAGGUCAGCCACUUUGGGUGCAAGGCCUUUGCGCUGCUUUUCGAUGACAUCGAGACGGACAUGUGCAUCGCCGACAAGGAAGUGUUCCAGUCCUUCGCCCAUGCACAAGUUUCUGUCACAAACGAAGUGUACCAACACCUGGGACAACCUACAUUCCUCUUCUGUCCAACAGAAUAUUGCGAGUCCAGAGCAGUGCCAGAUAUUGAGUCCUCACAGUACCUCACUACUAUUGGCUCCAAGCUUCUCCCCGACAUAGAUGUCCUAUGGACAGGACCAAGGGUAGUGUCGAAAAUCAUCAGUGUCGAACAUAUCCAGAAAGUGACCAAAACUAUCAAGAGGCCCCCGGUCAUAUGGGACAACAUCCAUGCCAACGACUACGACCAGAAGCGCGUGUUCCUCGGACCGUACGACGGCCGCUCGACCGCGCUUAUGCCGCACCUGCACGGGGUCCUGACCAACCCGAACUGCGAGUUCGAGAGCAACUUCAUGGCCCUCCACACGCUGGCAACCUGGAGCAAAAGCACCGUCGACGUGACCAAAAAGGAAGCGGAGGGCGGGGACAACAGUACCGUCACCUCCGACAUCAAGCUAGAAACAGAGGGCGUCACGGAAGACUCCAGCGCGAAAUCCGAAGGAGGGUUAUACGACCGGAACGCGGCACUGAAACUGGCGCUCAAGGACUGGAUGGAGGAGCUCAAAACGCCGAAGACGGGCGCGAUGGGUGUGUUGAAAAGGAGCGGAAACGUAAGCGUGAUAACGGACUCUGUCACGACAGUGAACACGUGUAUGACCAUGACCCCCACAACCACCAGCAGCUGCACCCAGCCUGUCAUGUGCCCGGUCAACACCCUGACGGGGGAGCCCAUAGACAUUCCAAAACUUCCGUCCAGUCCGUCCACCGAUUCCGCCUUCGACUCCGUAACAUCCGCCAGCUCCGAAUCCAAGGAAUCCGAAGAGGGGGAGGGUCUGGAGCCUAUGGACAUUUCCUCCUCUCCCGCUGUCUCUUCUACCCCUCCUGCUAGCGCGCUGUCCGAAAGUACGUCAUCAAAACAGGAAGGAGGGGACGUCGCGAAGAAAGCUGAAGAAACACAGCCUUGCACGACCGUCACGGCUGACGGAAAGGUGCCUGAAACAGAGACGAUGCAGAUAGACUAUGAAGGAGUGGACAUGAGCCCAUCUAACCCAUUGGAAAUGCAAACUGACACAGAGGAAAUCAAGUCCAGGAUAAACCUCCUGUACACGGCACAGCCCGUGACGUUGGACGACCUGGCGAUGUUGGUGGACUUGUUCUAUCUCCCGUUCGAGCACGGCCCCUUUGGGAUGCACUUGAUAGAGGAGUUUAUCUGGCUGAAAACCAAUUCCAGAAUUGUGAGCAAGUGCAAGAGAACACUCAGGUCAACAGCUGAGGAUGUGAAGGAAUGGCACGAAAGAGCGGAGAAGUACGACAAGAGCUGCCAGAGUGUGAUGGACAUGGUCAACCGUCUGCUGAACGCGCCCAACCGAGCCGCCGUCUACGAACUCUUCCCUUACGUCUAUGAACUGAAGGGCGUUGUAGCCCUUAUGAAGUCUUUUGUCAAGUGGCUUGCGGGCGGACGUGACCUAACCAGCAACUUCACCCACAUGAUUCGCUGGGGCGGAUGCACAUGGUGUAAUAGGGGUUAUAAGGAUGCCUUUUUGCACGGCAAAGAAGAGCCAUGGGUGUUCCGAGGAGGUCUGACAGGAGAAUUACAGAGACUGUUACCCAUCGAUGGUGCAGGGGACUUGUUCCAGCAGAGAGCUCCCGAGUCUCCACAGUCUUCUAUCUACAUCAUACGCCCGUACUUGCACACUGAUCAGGAUGAUGUGUAUGAGGUCUGUAGAAAGACGUGUGAUGAUGGCCUGGAUGGAACAGACGUGUUUCCAGAUCAUCCAGCUCUCAUCGGAGACAAGCUGGUGGGAUCGUUCCUGACCCUGAGCCCGGAGUUCUGCUUCGUGGCGCUCGAUGCCAGCGAGAAGGUGUGUGGGUACGUGGUGGCAGCUCUGGACGCUAAGGACUUCUACAAGAAGUUUGAGGUGGCCUGGCUGACCGACCUGUGCAACAAGUACCCCAAACCCAAGGCAGAGGGGAAUCUGUCACCCGCUGAGGAGAUCAUCAACAGUUUCCACAACUACAAGGUGUACCUCCCCCCGAACCUGUACAAGAGGUUCCCCUCCCUGCUGAGAAUGAGUCUGCUACCUCAGUUUCUCAUGGACGACCCUGGUGUGGCCAAGAACAUGAUGGCCUGUCUGUUCGCUGCUCUGAAGGCAAACGGCUCCAACGGUGUGUACUGUGAAGUCAACAUUGGAGACAAGCGCAUGCUGGAGUUCUACACCAAGAUGGGCUUCUUUGAUGUCCCCAUGCUAGACGAGUACUCAGAGGAAGUUCUCAUCCUUGGCAGAUCCUUCUAACAGACGAAGCAGACUGCAGUACAAGAUGACACGUCUUCUUCACAAAGCCAACGACUUCAAAAUAUUCCUUCUGAAUUUCCCUACUUCAGACUAAAUCCUCUCAGUUGCUGUGCUCCGAUCUGUUUAGUCAAUAAAGUCAAUGAUAUUGUUUGGUACUACAUGUGGUGGUGAAGUUGGGUUCGCAGCUUGCUUGUGUUAUUCCCAGGGACAUCUGUACACUAUAUCUUCACUGAAGGUAUUACGAUAAGUUGGGAUCAAGUCCCAAAAGAAGAAAAUGUUCUUCUAAUUAUGUUUUUACUUUGACGGCUUGACUUUCUUUGUAAGACUUAGAGAGACCCACAGAAUUGCACAUGAAAGGAAAAUGCCAGCUAUAUUCUAUCGUAAUAUGCUUGGAGACAAGCAGUAAAUGAUUAUUGACAAUUGUAUCUUUUCCCUGUCACCUUGGUCAAAAUGGAAGUGCUGUUUUCUGUUAUCAUACAUGACCACUUCAUGCAGUCGCACCAUUAUGGUUUCUGAAUACUGGUGCAUAUUUUCUAGAUUGCUUUGUUUCUUUGACAAUAGUGUUACAUGUUGUGACUAGUUUCGUGACUUUGUAGGUGUUGAAAAUGCUUCAACAUUUAGUCUUUAUUUUCUACCAUUCGUUACAGAAAUAAGAAUAUUGCAGUAUUCUUUGCAUUGUGUUACUUUACCCUUUACACUAUGACUCGAUCCGUUACACUUUUUUCAUUUGUGGAAAUAUUUCCAAAGGCCAAUUAAGAAGAAAUGCUGUAAUGUGAGUAAAUCCAGAGAAGGAUGUAUUUAUUGUCGACCAAUACUGAUCCCAGACAAGUAUUAUUUUUAUGAAGGCAAUAAAUGUUGAUAGAUUUACUGGAAUUGUUGUUACUAUGACAAAAAGGACAACAUCCAGAAAAGACUUGAUGUGCAGACUUAGAAUCUAUUCUUUGCCUUGCAAGAACAGUAUUUGGUUCAUCACCAAUAAAAAUGCAAUAAAAGUG